AUGGCGCAACCACUGCUAGUGCGAUUGUCAACUCUUCUCGUGAUCAUUUUGGUGAUCACAGCAAAAGCUUCGGAUAGUUUCACAAUUUCGGAAACGGCAGUCGGCACUGAAGACGGUAGUUCUGAUGAGCUGCAAGGUCUUACGCAAAUUGAUGAAGUCAAAAUGUUAUGCCUUUUCUGCAGCGAUGACUGUCCCAGGACCGUAAUGAGUGACGUCUGCCAAAAUAACACUCUCAUUCGGGUGACUAAGAGGUACCUCAAAGAUGCCCGGGGCAACUGUGUCAAAGUCGUCGACCGGCAUAAACUGCCCGGACCGGUAUGCCCGCCGCCUGCACUCCUAAAAGCUUCGCCAUGCUCUCCGGAGGGUCGUAUGACGGAAUUUUAUAAGACCUACCGAAUAGUCAACUGCAAGUGUGAAAAGGUUAUCGAGAGUCAGCAGAAGACGUGCCCCUGUAAACCUUGUGAAACAACGCGAAGCGUCUGUGAUCCCCACACCAAGACGGUGGAAGUCAUCACAGUUUGCUACCGUCAUGCAAACAAUGGACUUUGCGAGCCUGUUCGUCAGACUGACCAUGAACCCUGUGGGGGUAAGCAUCGUCGUCUCUGCCAUCUUAAGUCUCCUCUAAGGAAUGCAUCGAGUCUAUUUAAAUUCAUAGAGAUUCUUGCAACCAAAUGUUCUCUCACUGCUACAAUGAGAUUAGACUGCUCAAAUGGAGUGACAAGAAGGGAGCUGCCGUGCGACUACUGCAAGGGGAGACGUGACGUUGUGGUGGUGACGCAAUUCAGGGAGGAGUCCAGUCCUAAGAGGUGCCUUGUGUUGGAGAAGAGAAUCACUGAGCCCUGUGUGGGACUUAAUCAUUGCGAUUUAAUUGCAGGAUGCCGUGGCCAGGCUCUAGUACGUCUACCUUGCAAACGUGACCCCACUACGGGGAUUGGCAUGCAAGAAAUACGCCUCAUCAGCGAGCACCCGGUAAACUGUACCUGCACACGCUCCGUCCAUACCAUCAAACAAGUCUGUAGCUGCCCACCAGGUGUGAAACGAGAGACAGUGUGCCACAGUCACAGCAACACCAUGAUCGUGAAGUCUAUUCGCUACCGCCUGGAUCGGAAGGAUGGAAAUCACGCCACUUGUAGAGCUAUGGUCCGUCUUAAACACCUGCCGCCUCCGCCUUGCCCACCACUAAACGAAACAACUACAGACAAUCGGUCAAUGGAAACAAAGGAGGUAUGCGAUCCCGCAACCUGUCAGCGUCACUUUGUUACUAGUGGAUGGCAACUUGAGGGGUGCGAGUGCCGGCGAACGGUGCGUAAGGAGGCCGCCGGCAAAUGCUGCUGUCCAAAACCUGAUGUCAAGGUGUCCCCUUGCGUCGGAAAUCAGCGCUCUGUCCAGAAAAACACGUACAUUCUAGUCAAUGGGCAGUGUUUGCAUCACGUCACAAACAAAAUUGAGCCGUGUAGAAACGAUCUUCAGGAUUUGCAUCGCGUCUACUGCGACGAAGCCCUUGGUGCCAAAGUCUAUGAGACCUCAACGUUCAGGCAGUUGGCUGAGGGCACGCUUGAAACCCUCCAAAGAAGAACUAUCCCAGUCGUCUGCAACGACACAUACGUGCAAAGUGCUGGGGCAUGCACGCGAGACUCAGCGACAGGUCGGAUGAUCCGAACGGCCGUGGUAAUGAGCAGCAGCCUAGAGGGUUGCGAGUGUACAACACCACGGGCCCAUAUUCUCACCACCGCCUGCGACUGUGUGGACGUUGAGACGGGCGAGGCGAAGCAGGAGGGAGAGAGUUUUAGAGAGGAGGUGCCCUGUGAUACCUACUGCACCCCAGGUGGAGAACUUUGCGGCACUCCAGCGUGUCAACGCAAAACCCGAUGGUACAGCAUGAUCCAUUUGGGCGAAGGAAACCCCCCAAGAUGUCGUAAGGAACUAAUCAAUGAAGUGAUUGCAGAUUGCUGUUGUCCACCAGACUCCAAAAUCACCCGCACCUGCAGCUUGGAUGGUGGAGCGAAGUGGCAGAUGGCGCAGACGAAGUACCGUCUGGAGGGGGGCAGGUGCACGCCCCAUGAGACGCGAUGGCAGGAGGUGGUGAACUGUUCAGAGGGGCUGGUGGAUCAAGAGCGCGGUCCUCGUCGCCCAGAUGGGUUGCAGGAGGUUCGAUUGGUUUUUGAAACUCUCGUUGGUUGCAAAUGCGUGCGUGCCGAGAAGCAACUUCAAUGUCCCUGGCGUUGCCCAGAACCAACUCGACGUGUUUACUGCGAUAAUGUGCUGGAUGGUGAAUCGGUGGUGGAGGUGACGCGCUUCAACCUUCUUGGCUGCAAGUGCCAACGUCAGGUGGAACGUACAAGGAGCAAGAUAAGCUGCCCACCCGACCGUAGAGGAAAGGCAAUCUGUAAUCCCGCGACUAAUGAACUUGAGGAAACCAUCACUAGGUUCCUCCUAAUUGGUGGAAAGUGCCGAGAGAUUGUGGAGACUGAGAGACGACCAGUUCGAUGCUCAGAGGAUCUGCUGGCUACUGACCGGACGGUGAAGCAACCAUUGCUACGAUGUGACAAACAGACGGGUGAAGGAACAAUCGUGAGACCAGUGUGGAGAGUGAACCCCCUCCACCCCCUCUUGACCCACACACACAAAUGCGAUAUCACAUGCCAUCUCAUUCCCUCUACAGAAUGCAAUGAUCCAAGAACAGUAACAGUAUGCGAUCCUGAUAGGGGCGUGCGUGUCCACCAAGUUACGAAAUUCACAUUGAAUGCAGAGACUUUACAAUGCGUGCCCAACACCACAGUCGAAGAGGAGCCUCUCUCUUGCCCGAAACCGGAAACCAUUUAUACGCCCUGUGACCCUUUGUCGGGCAAGAGAAAAGUGAUUGUGGUGAGCUAUGUGGAGGAGAAUUGCAUGUGCAAGAGGCGGGAGGAGGAACUGUCUGUGUCAUGUCGAUGCGGAGCCGAUAAACCGUCGUUUACUAAAUCAGUCUGUAACGUUCUACUUCGUGAGAUCUCGAUGGAAGGCACUUUGAAGGAGUGGCGCGAUGAUCUUAAUCAAUGCGUCGACGUGGUAAAACGGAUCACCCAUCCACAUAUAUGCAAUCCCAGAGUCAAAUUCGUACAGUCAUCAUGCAAGAAGGGUAAGAUGGAAUUAAAGAAGAUUGUCCAGGAGCCCGAUCCUAACGACUGCAAAUGUGUUACCAAUGUCACAAUUAGCAGAGUUGAUUGUCGAUGCCCUCCAAGGACGACUAUGAUUGGAAGUUGUGACUCAGGCGAGGAGAGACAAGCUUUAGUCUACCUUGAACGGGACUGGGACCCACAAACUAAGCAAUGUAUCUACAAAAAUCGACAUCAGGAGGACCUUGUUUGUGGCUGUCCCACUGCCUCCGAAUCCACAACGUGCGUUAAGGGUCUGAUGGAAAGAAGGCGGACGCGCUUUGAGGUAUACAUGGGAAGGCUGGGCUGCAAGCGAGAGGAGGAGGUGCAGCGCUGGCAGCCGAACUGCUCUGUAGAUGUUACGCGAGAGGAAUUUGGGGAGUGCGACCUCACCACCUGUCAACGCAGCCUUACGGUCUAUGGCCAGACCUACAACUCCUCAACUUGUCAAUGUGAUUGGCUCAUCAAGGCGAAGAAGCAAUGCUCGUGUUGCGGCUGUCCUGAACCAAUUGUGUCCUCCGUUUGUCACAACAACACUGAGUGGAUCACUCGAUCAGACCACUACGUACCACACCUGCAGGGUUGUGGACAUGUUUGUCGAAAGCAUUCCAUUGUCUCUCGUCAGCCAAUUCGCUGCAAUCAAGAACCAGAGGAAGGUGACAAGUGCCAUGAGGGAACGCUGCUGCACGUUCUCAAAACUGUCAGUCUCGUUGAUCACCAUUGCAAAGAAAGUGUCAAGUACAUAACCAAACAAAUAGAAUGUGACCAACCGAACGAGCGAAAGGUCGGAGUCUGUGACCCUUUGACCUGCAAACGAUCUCUCUACGAAACAACUUACACUCGCGACAGGAAAUCUUGCGAGUGUUUACCAGAACAGAAGUUGAUUGGGAAUGAGGACUGCUGUUGUCUACCGCCACCAAAGCCAACAAAGACAUGCGUUGGAGAGUGUUACGUGAGUAUUAAAACACUGGCUCACUUCGACGAGACGCAGAAGACUUGUGUCCGUACUGAAAGUGCUAGUCGUCAGUGUCCAGCCUGUCCACUACCUUCAGAAGUGGUCAAGCCGUGCGGAAGCGCUGGUGACUGCCUCCAGAUUGUGACUCGAACUGAAUAUUAUUUGGAUGAUUGCCGAUGCAAGCCACGGGAGGUGGUUACCACUCGCAAGUGCUGUUGUCAGCAACCAUCGAGGGAAGGACAGGAAGAAGAGGAGGAGGAUGCUGGUAUCUGUUUACCUGAAGAGCAUGUUCUUCUUCAUCGCCGUGCUGUCUACGAUUUGGUUGAUGGGGAAUGUGUGAAGCGCAUCAAAGAGCACAGAACGCCAGUGGAGUGCCCUCCCCGCGGAGGGAAUGAAUCUCGACCAGUCGUGGAGCUGGGAGAUUGCGACAAGACCUCGUGCCUCCGCAAGGUCAGGCAGAGCAAGUGGGUCUUAACCGGGUGUCGGUGCCAUCGAAUAACCAACGAGAGCACCGAAGCCUGUUGCUGCAACCAAUUUCAGCCUCAAGUAAAGGAAAUCUGUCGUCCUGACGGAACCAUUCUCAAGGAGACUAAGUAUUGGAAGGUUAGCAAUGGCAAUUGUAAGCCGGAAGUCCUUUCCAAGGUGCUUCAAAAAGUUGAAUGUCCACCAAUCCGAAUACAGCCCACCGGACCCUGUGAGACCUCCACGGGACGUCAACCCAUAAAACUCAUCAAAAACGAAUUUAAAAACUGCAAAUGUGAGGCUGUCGCUGAAACAACCAAGGAUCGUCUGUGUCGUUGCAAGGAACCGGAGCAAGCAUACAGCAGAUGCAACACAAUCACCUGUCUUCAGAAUGUGACUGAAACACAAUACAAGCUGGAAGGAGGUGCUUGCAAAGCCCAACCACCGAUGAGAAAAGUGAAGACGUGCUGUUGUACACCACAGGAAUUGCAGCUACGAGUGUCGCGGGAGUGCAACCCCAAGACCGGCUCCAUUAGCGAGACAACAGUCAAGCACGUUUAUGAUGGGGAGAAAGGGGAGUGUCGCACCGUCAAGACAGUGCGAACCCUACCACCAAAGGUUGACGCAUUUGAUGCUGUUGAAUCGGAGUUGCACGCAUUGAAGUACCUAUGGUUCAACGAAACAUUGACAGUAGAUUCAUUACUGUUAGAAUGCCCAAAGAAACCGCUAGUCAAACGUGGCCGAUGCAACAUCGCCUCAGGCGUUGCAAUUGACAUUGUGGCGCGCAGUUUGUUUGACACCAAAUCGUGCACCUGCAAGAGGUCCGUGGCGCCUGUUCAACGAAUAUGCGAUUGUAGUCACCUUCCCACUAUCCCUCCUGAAACGCACUGCGAUGACCAAAAUGCAGAAUUGGUCACAACUGAAAUCAAAUUUGUUCUAAAGAACAACGCCUGUGUGAACAAAACCGAAAGCUAUCGCAAAAAAAUAGUCUGUCCACCAGCCAAAGAAACCUUCGGGCCAUGUGACCAAAAGACUUGCCUCACCGUCGUGGAAACAACGAGGCACGUCUUGGAGGGUUGCAGAUGCGUAAACCGCCAAAGCAGGCAUCAGGAGACUUGUUGUUGUCCGAAACCUCGAAUAACCGAGGCCUGUCUUGAGAAUGGGUCCUUGCUAGUUCAAAGACACAUCAACUACACUUUUAAUCCGGAGAAGAAGUCGUGUGAAACCGCCAUUCGAGUUGUACAAAUGCCUAUUGACUGCGGCGUCAAUAGAAGCGUGGAGAUCUCUCGUCACUGCGAUACGACAACUUGUAGGCUGACCAGUCUAGUCGAGGUGAACACUCCACAAAAUUGUAAAUGCGCACCAAAGCGUUUGACAGUGGUCGACAAUGAUCGGUAUUGUUGUUGUCCUCCACCAAAAGAAACGUCGUCUUGUGAAAACGAUCGUGGACUUGUUGCCAAAAUAAACGUUUUCUACACCCUGGAGAAUGGUACCUGCAUUCCAAAGAUGAUGAAGUUGGAGGAGAAGAUACGCUGUCCUGAGCCCGAGGUGGUCCUUGGGCUUUGCAGCCAAGAGACGAGGGUGCAGGAAGUAACCAACGUCUCGUACGUCUUGCAGAACUGCAGGUGUAAAAAACGUGUCAAGCGAUCAACGCAGACCUGCGGUUGUCCUAGUUCUGAAAUCACUCUGAGUCCAUGUGGCAAGGAGAGCCAGAUUCGAAAUGUCUCGAGGAUUUCCUACCUGCCAGUGAACGGUACUUGCGUUAAGAGGGUUGAAGUGCUGCGCUCUGAGCCCUGCCGAUGUCCUCCGUCAAGAACCACGAGGCACUGUGAUAAAGGCAGCUGGAUAAGAAGGAAUUAUACAUAUAGACUGACUGAGAGGAAUGGCAGAACAGACUGUAUCAAAGAAAUCGACACCGAAAAAACACUCGUCACUUGCCCUGCAGCACAACAACUCACCAUUGGUGAAUGCAAUGCUGAGUUGCAACAACGAAACGUCUCCUUCCAGCAUUUCUCAGUGGAUCCAACUACCUGCGAAUGUGUGCCAAACGUGACUAUAAGGUCGGAGGCUUGUGAUUGUCACCGAAAGAACAAAAAAGUGGUCGUUUGUAAGGGAAACGAACUUAUCAUAGAUAACUACGAGUACUCCUCUCAUCCCGGAGAUCAGAAGUGUUCUUUGAAGACAUCACAUGAAGUGAAAACCAUCACAUGUCCUGCCAAUCGCCAGGUGGUGGAGCAGAGCGAGGGAUGUGUGAUCAAGCGGGCCAAUGGAACUUAUCGUGCUGAGGUGACGCGCUGGCAGGAGUUGGAGCAGUGCAAGUGCGUACCCAGAGAAGAAGUUAUUGAGAAGCUCUGCAAUUGUCCAGAGCCCGAGGAGACUUCUCGAUGUGUAGAGAACUCUCUUCUCGUCACUGAGCGUCUUAGAUUCACUCGUCAGGCCGAGCAGUGCGUUGCAAAGCGGGAGGUGAUGCGUCGAAAAAUUGGAUGCAAGAGCGAAACCCAAAUCAUUGGAGUUUCCAGCUGCACCAAGUCUACCAACGAAAGUGGAAAAUGUUACGAAACAGUGACACUGGAGCGGCAUUAUGCUGAAAAUUGCAAGUGUCUCAAGAAAUCGCUCGCCUUAAGGCGGCUCUGCUGCUCUCCGCCAGGUAAAACGAACCGUCGUUGCGAUGCGAAGCGACAUCAGUGGAGGAGCACCGUUACUAAGUAUGCCGUCGUUCCAGGAGAUGUUCUCUUUUCCGACGGCAACGUGACCAUACUCGACAAUAAGUUAGCGACUCUGAACUACGAAACCAUCGACACGAUCGUCUGUCCCGCUACGAAAGUCCACGAGGAUUGCGACAAGGAGAAAGGCGUCUGGACUCAAACCACUACGUGGCACGAAUUUGAUGGCUGUGCAUGCAAGAGACGGGAGGUAGUGAAAACUGGAAAAUGCGUCUGUCCCAAGCGCGAAGUUUGGGAAUCGCCCUGUGAAAAGCACUUCCGAACGGUGAGGAUCAAAUCCUACAAAUUGGUUAAUGGAGAGUGUCUACCGUACGUGGCUUCUACACAGGAGCGAUGCAGUUGCCCAGGCAGCUCCGUUCAACGGGUUCGGUGCGAUGGCAACGGCCUUUUAAUCAAAUGCACCCUCACCUACACUUUUGAAGCGGCAUCUAAGCGGUGCAAAGCGCGAAAGCUGUGCGUCAGUUGGGCACAGACGUGUCCUUCGAGCAAACGCUACAGUGUCGGCACUUGCGGUCCCGAGACGGGUUACAGACAGAGGAUUAGUCAAGUUAACUACACUCUCGAUAGGGCUACCUGCAAGUGCAAGCCUCGUAUUAUUAACAAGUGGGACGCUUACUGCGAUUGUGCUCACCUCAAUACUCAAAAUAUUUCCUGUGACAAUGGGGUUCGAACAACAUCCGUAACUACAUACAAGCUCAUUGAUGGUGAAUGCAUGCCUGAUGAGGUCUCCAAGUUUGAGAAGAUAGGUGAGCAAGCACCUACUUGUCGCCUACGCUGUCGUCCACCUAGAGUAGAGCGAAGGUGUGUUGAUAAUGGCACCUCCUUGGUGGAGAAGAGAACCCGCUAUGUCCUUACUACCGAUGGACUAACUUCAGUUUGCACUGAACAGCAGACUGAAAGACCGAUUUCGGCGUGUUCUUUGAAGGGUGGCAGUAAGACCUGGACGGUUCGAGAGCACUGUGACCCAUCCACUUGUCAAAGAAUGGUUCACACCUACAAACGUACCUCCCAAGGAAUGACACAUACUGAAGUUUGCUGCUGCCCCAAGUCGACACCGGUCAACACUACAUGUCUGGCUAGAGCCCACGUCCUUGAAAAGAGGUUCAUCUCAUACACCCUUCUCUCCUCCGUGACCAUCAAUGGCAAACAGCACAGCAUUGAGCCAUACUGCGCCAAAGUGGAGCACAAAAUUCAACUUCCUGUGACUUGUAAAGAAAAAGAGCCUCGCAUUCUAAUGGGAGAUUGUCAGGCGGGCGAGAACCAAACCGUGGAAGUUAUUGGCAGCUAUCCGCUUGGCUGCCAAUGCAAAGAUCACAAAAUCCGUCGGCUGUCUUUUCGUUGCGGUUGUCCAAAGUUUCUCAAGCGUAUCUUUGGCCGGUGCGUGAACGCCCAACAGGUGGAGAAGGUGGUAACUCUUCAAGCAGUGCCGUACACGAAGACCAUCAACGGUCGUCGAGUAAACUCGACCCGCUGUCGGCCAGUUGUGGUGAGCAGACGCGUGCUGCCAUGCGCAUGCACUGCAAAACCACAAGCCCUCAGUAAAUGCCUCUCUGGAAAUACUUUGCAAAUUGAGGAGACCAAAGUGUACUUCAAUGAAACUUCUCGUGUCUGUCAGAAGGAAACAAUUGAGAGCGCCUCUCCCACAAUCUGCCCUUCACCGGAAAAGACGACGACUAAGUGUGGCGGUGAAGAAUCGGGUUUCACAGCAACUGAGAUCGUGACCGUCUGGACGCCACUCGACUGUGAAUGUGUUCCCAAAACUACCGAACGCCAGUUCGUCUGCAAUUGUACUGCCAAGCAUCCACCGCAUUCGAGAAGGACCUGUAAAAUGGACCACAUCCUGGAGACUACAGUGACCUCCUCCAGAUUGAAGGGCCACCAAUGUGUGCCGCAUAUUAUCAAGUCGACCACUCACAUCACAUGUCCUGCUGAAUUAAGAAGCGAGAAGUCACCCUCUUGCAAUGAGACCACUCGACAACGUCAAAUAGUCUGGUUCAAACAGGUCCCUGUAAACUGCAAAUGUGAAUGGCGGCCAAUCAUCUCGACGGAUGAGUUGAGGGUUCGAGGUCUGCCCUCCUUCGAGUGGUGCAGCUGUCCCGAUCCCAUAGAAGUGGAUUCAAAAUGUCGUCCUACCGGAUCCAAUCAGUAUCUUCACCAGAGGACACUAGUGAAGUACCGAAGACAGGGCGGUGAUUGCACUCCUGUUCGAGAGACGCUCUACAGCAACUUCUCAUGCUUGGAGGGCACGCAAAUCCACAGGUCCGCCUGCGAUCACUUGACUGGUUUUUCGAUCGAGCGCCGUGUGACGAUGCGAGUAGAAGAUUGCGCAUGCAAAGUAGUUGCCGAGAGCACUCGGCGCUGCGCCUGUGCGUGUACUUCAACUCCUUUUGUCCGUACCACAUGUCGGCCAGAGAGUGGCCUGCUUGAAACUACUGAGGAGUUCCUAGAACUUGUGGACUGCGAAUGCCUCAGGAGAGUUAGGCGUACCUCACGGAUCGUUGAAUGUUCUGGAACAGACAGCAUUACAUCCCAGCGCCAUGAGGGCGCCUGUGUGGUGGACCAAGUCAGUGGUAAUAGCUAUCGCAACGUCACCUGGACCACAACCGAUCGUGAGGGUUGCCGAUGUGUCAAGCGAAGGCAUCGAGCUCGGGAACUCUGUGCUUGCGACCCACGGGAGCGGAAUUUCACGAGGUGUGUGGAUAAUGUUCGAAUGGAGAUUAGGACUAUUCGACGCGUCCUCAUCGACGAGAAGCAGUGUGUGGAGAAGGAGAUUUCAAAAGCAGUCUUUGCGGUCAGUUGUCCUGAGGCUCAAGUCUUAACGAGCGUCUGUGACAAUGCAACUGGACUUGCAACUGUCUCAAAGCUGCAACCUGUCGUUGAGAAGUGCCAAUGUAAAACUCAAUUGCAACACUACAAGGUCCCGUGUAAAUGCAAAGCAUUGGAGAAGGUUGUCCACAAAUCACCUUGUAACAAAACGACUUGUCUUUCCACUGUCACCUACGCUUACGAGGUGCCUGAUGCUACUGCAAAUGGCGGUUGUAUAACUAAGAAAGCUGUUAAAGAAGUCAAAUGUUGCUGCCCACCGUCCCAGAAGGAACACUUUUGUGAGCCUUCCUCCGGUAUGAGUGGAACCCGAGUUCGUGAAUUCCAUCUAUUGAAUGGUCAGUGUGUUCCUGUGAUGCGGAUCACUUCGGAGCAGCCAUUGAUUUGUCCGCACAAUGAGACCACUAUUACCAAGACCUUGAAAUCUGGAAAGAUUCGCUUCUUGCGAAAAACGACUGUUCGGGAGGGAUGCAGAUGUCGCAACAAGAGUGAAAUUGUUUACUCACAAUGGGAGUGUCCAAAAUCCACUCGUAACAAAACGUGUGUGAAGCUUAAUGGCACCAACCAGUUCGCCUGGCUAACCACCGUCUCCAAUUGGAGACUAUCUAGCGACGAAGUGCCAACUUGCAAACAUCACGAGGUUAGGACAGAUGUGUCUCCAGUCAUCUGUCCCCCACCUAACAUCACACAGUCCAUCUGCUUCUUUGUGGAGGCUCUUCACGGAUUUGUUCGCAACGUAACAAUUCACAAUGUACGAGCCGUUGACUGCGAAUGCGUCUUGGACGAACCGAAGAUCAAAGUGGAGAUCUGUAACUGCUCGCAACCCGUGGUGAAUUUCGCAUUUGCCGAGACGGAGGGCAUAGUCACUAAGACCAUCAUCCAGUUCAACGCGACUUCGGAUAAGAGCCGAUGCGUUCCACACGAAAUCCAAACAAAGUGGAGUCUAAUUUGCUUCCCCACAAAACCCGUUCUUCGUAUUACUACUGCGUGCAAGAGUGGGCGCUUCUACAAGAUCUACACGAAGCGUGCUCGCGAAGGGUCUACGUGUCGCACUCUGGUUAAACGUGUUUCUCGCCUUUGCAACUGUCCAAAACCAGUGACGACGCAAAGAUGCCUCAGCGACGGCAUCACCAAGAUCAUAACAACCAUCCGAUACACGCGGCACCGACUUGGGGGGCCGUGCGAACGGGAGGAGAGAGCUGUCAAAGUUAUCACUUCGUGCGACAAGCUAUCGGAAGACGAGCUGAGAGCUGGGCGUGACUACACCAUUCGUCCCACGGCUGGUAACAGUACCCACAGCGUUCUUCACGUCUACCCCUGCGGCACCGGAGGCUCUGCAUGCACUCGACAUGUCGUCCAGGUGACCAUUGCUAGGGCACUUGAUGGCUGUCGGUGUGUUGUCAGGCGGAAGGAGGGUAGCGAGGCCUGUUGCUGUAAUGCCGAGGGAGUGUUAGGCAGCAAUGAAAAGCCGAUGAAGACACAGUGGGUGGAUUGUGAGUCGAUGGGCUAUCCGAUUUCUGUGAGGCAGCAGAAAACGUGGCAUCUUAUGGACGGGAAGUGCUGGCCACUUACUUUCACCUCAUCAAAACCACUAAUUUGCUCGAACAAGGAAGUCGUGCGUCCAGUCGGUACUUGCAUUAAUGGGACCCAACGCUUUCUUGUUAUCAAGUCCGUUCAGAGUGACUGUCGCUGCAAGACGGUGAAGUCAAUUGAGUCUCGUCCCUGUUGUGAGUUAUUGCUACACAUUUUACUAUCUCUUCAAAAUAAUUACGUUUUAUGCAUUGUUUUAAUCCCGAAAAUUCUGCCUCAAAUGUCUCUCGUAGCUUAUCUGCUUUAUUCAAUACAAAGUUCAAUGUUGAGCAUAUUUCUUCCAGUGUGUCAGACGGUCUCAGCAGCUGAGGUGAUUUUUAUGGUGGACGAGUCGGUGUCCAGCCGAGAUUCGGACUACUCACGUCGAGUGCGUGACAUCCUCCAUCUCACCAUCCAUACCUUCAAAGAUACACGUAAUGGCACCUUGGAAGCCUUUCGCUUCGCCGUGGUGAAGUAUUCCAGCAACCCCAGCAUCGCCUUCAAUCUGGGGCAGUACGGCGAAUCUGCUCCCAUGCUUAGUCAUGUGGAACGUAUCAACUACGAGGGCAGGCUUUCAAACAUUAACAAGGCCUUGACACUCGUGAAGACAGAGGUUUUGCCAAGAGUGCGUACUGGAGUCACUACGAUGGUUUACAUAAUCAGUGAUGGCGUGAACGACGAGUCAGCGGGUGCGAGUCAAAUCGCCUCGGAGUUAACUGCAGCAGGGAUUCAAAUCUUUGCACUUGCCGUUGGUGUCGAUGCUAGAGGACAUGCAUUCCUGCGCAACCUGACCUCCAAGCCGCGUAGCAGGCACUUCAUGAUCUACACUUUGGAGGAGAAGGCAGAUGUCCUCUCCAAUUGGCUUAUUAAUUCACUUUGCAUUCAAGCCUGUCCAGAGAGCACUCAAACGCGAAGUCCCUGCUCGCGUGAAACUGGUUGCCUUGGCCACAUUUUCGAGCACUCGUAUAGGUUUAGUGCAGAUCUGGGCAAGUGCAUCGGCACCUCCACAAAACGCCCUUAUCGAUGCUGCUGCCUUGAGACUCCUAGAGAGGUGCGUCAAUGUGUCAAUGGAAGUCUGAUUCUCACCAAGGAGCUGUGGAAACUGAGCAACAGCAAGAACGGUCUAUCCGUGUGUCAGCACUUUAAAAUUGAACAGGAUGUAACAGGACAACUGCUGAGAGAGUGCCCAUCGGAAGAGAUCCAACGAGGAAUUUGCACCUCCGAUGGAGUGAGAACCGAGGUCACAAUCCGAAGGAAGGUGGAAGAUUGCGAGUGUAAAGUGAUAAGAGAAGAGACUACGAAGAGGUGCAUUUGUGACUCCAAAGCAAGGAAAGAGGAACGCUGCAUUGGUGGCAAUGUGGCGCUACUUACCAUCAGGGAGGAGGUCCUCAAUGCCGAUGGCUACUGUGAAGAGAAAGAAACAGUUGUCAAUAGGACUAUCUCCUGCUCGGAGCCAAAAAUGGUUGUGGGUGCGUGUGAUCCGUUGACUUGCAAACGCCGUGUCGUGUACGUUCGAGAGCAGCCGGAAGAGUGCAAAUGCAAGGAGUUGGUGAAGACGUUAUUCGAGCCGUGUUGUAAGCUCUUCCACUUCUUCAUUGAACUUGUUUACCGUCAAAUCUCAUGUCCAGAAGCCGUGCCCAUAUCGCACUUGGCCAUAAAAGACGAGCUAACAAUUGGUGCGAUCCUGCACUUCCCCGAAGGUUGCCUGGCUCCAAAACUAGGAGCAAAAGGAGAUGAUUGCCUCAAUGGAUCUACAAAAGUGACGAUUGAAACCUCCGUUCACUUCUCAGAGCGCAAACGAGCCUGUGUAACGAAAACAGAGCGUACUUACGAACCUGUUGAGUGCCCAAAGGGUCCAGUUUUUAUCGAGUCUGAAUGUGUACACAUUGGGAAUGACACAGACGUUGAAACGGACAGUGCUACGAGACCCGACCCCAACUUACUCUACCGCCGCGUGGAAGUCGCCUCGUGGGAUCUUACUGACUGCCGUUGUCUCGCCUCACGCCGAUGGGAGUUCGAGACUUGUGGAUGUCGCCAGGCAGAGAAUCCAGAAGUGCAUGAAUGUCACGACAAGGAGGGCAUCCUCAUUUCCUAUUACCAGAGCUAUCAACUCUCUGUUUCUGGUAUCAAUGAAACCUACGUUGGCUCUGAAGCCGUUGGCAGGCGCUUCAAUCAACUUAAGCAAGCCAGUUGCGUGCCCGUGUUGUCUGAUCGAAAAGUCUUGCAAACUGUGUGCCCGGAUGACGUAGUGAGCUAUGGUCCAUGUGUGUACAAGGAUGAUGGCGAUGGUCGAGCCUUCCGAAGAGUUACGACACAAAUGUGGCAACGGGAGGGCUGCAAAUGCAAACAACUACCGGUUAAUGUAACUAAAGAACUCUGUGGCUGUCGGCGGAAGGUCUGGAUUCAGAAGCGUUGUUCCAGCGAACCAAAAGACAAAGAAGCUGUUCUUUUGAUCAAUGUCCUUCGAGAGCGACUGCUUCAAACUCCCCGUGGCCCUAGGUGUAAGGUGGAUGUGCAGCGACGGAAGCAACUAAUUAAGUGUCCGCCUUCAAGUGUAUACUACUCCAAUUGUUCCAAUGGCCAGAUGACUGUAACGACAGACAUGGUGAAUAUUGAGGCCUGUAAAUGCAAAACAAAACGCCUCAUCCGCUAUCUCCGCUGUCUUGAAAUUGCAAUGGAUGGGGAGAGCAUGGCUUCACUUGGGACAGGAGAGCUGUCCAAAAACUUGUCUUUCAGUACUGAAGUAAAUAAGGACUUUGAACAACUACGACAGCGGCUUUCAGACCUUGGACUUUCUGACAUUAAAACGCCGGCAGGUGUGGAGGAAGAGGAGGGCAGAGAGCAGUUUGAAGGAUAUUCGCAGCCUUUAAAUGAGACUAAAAAAGGACGAGAUCUUGGUAAACCAUUCCCAGUAAAAGAAGCUCAUUAUCCUUCUCAAUCACUCGGACUUAAAGAAGUUGGGAACGUUUCUGAAAGAAGGCAAGCAUUAGAACCCGUUUAUUUUGGAUAUACGGGUGAGCCAUUAGUGACGAAAUCGUAUCCAAUUCCCCAAACACCAACUAAACCCAAAUCGGAAAUGCUGAAAUUGCUGAUACCUGUCUCACAUGAAGUUGGAAAACCUCCAGUCAGCAAGUAUAUGAAGACGGUGGAACCUCCUUUCUAUGGACAUACGACGCAAGCGAGGUCAAAAGAAGCAUCUGAGUCACCUCGCAUUUCAAUUGGCUCUGAAUCCAUCCCAGAAGUGCUCCCCAAAUCCAAGAAGAAGGAGAAGAAGCACGAAGGCAAACCUCCUAAGCAAAAUGUGAUAAACUUCAUUGAAUGUGCUGACCUUUUGCCGGUAGAAAAGUGCAUUGAAAUGGACCAGGGUCCAAAUUCGCAUUGCGACAAACCAGGACAAAUUCGCGAUAAACUCUGCCGCAAGACCUGCCACCUUUGUCAGGUGAUUGUCGUUCACAACCAUUUUGGCAUCAAUUUCAUCACACUUUUUGUUGAAAUAGAUUUCCCCAUCAAUCGGACUGACUUCAGCAUAGAGGGCACUGAGCUAAACGACUGCUUGGUGACAGAUAGACGCUAUGACAGAAGAUAUCACCUCACUACUCUGAAAGGCGCUGGGUUGUCCCGGUGUAAAAAUGUAUGCAACAACGAUCCGCGCUGUCUGGGUUUCGACUUCUACGUCCCCAUAAAUGAGGCAGUUCAAGGAAGUUGUGUUCUCAGCACAGUUGAUCGACCUACUCUAAAACGCCGACUCAAUUUGAAGAAGGUGGAAACCGGAGCUAAUGCGGAAGACCUCAAUCGAAUGGACGCUAAACUUUGUAUUCGCUUCCAAAGAGUGCGACGCCCAAGAGAGCUGGAACCGACGCUGAACUACCUCGUUAACUGCACUUGUGAGAAUAUGAGCUCAGAGAACGCCUUAGCCUUCACCAUCGCAUCAUCAGAGGGCUCGUCAUCAGAAGGUCAGCUACAUUGCGUGAAGGAUGUAGAAAUCAGCGCUCUCAAUUGGAGUGGACAGGUCACGUGUCAGCCUCCAGAAAUGCCAACACAUCUAGGAGGGAGCAGGUUGGGGAAUGCCACUACCGAUGCGGCCAGAAAGUCCUCGCGCACAGGCUCCUGCCUCGACGUGAAACCAACCCAGUGGUGUGAGGAAGUAGCUAGAACUGCGGCGUGCAAGAAACCUGCCUUCAGAGCAGUAUGUUCCUUAUUAACUCGUGGAAGGGCAUCCGUCGCACCAAGUCACCCCUCCCCAAUCAUCCGAGAAUGUGGAUCCGUUGAAACUACAAUGAGGGUUUGUGGUGGCACCUGUGGUGUGUGUGUUUGCAAUCGGAGCUACGAAUAUUUUGGACGGUGUCUGCCAAACGGAAGGAUGACGGUCGUGAAGGUAGAAAACACAUACAGUUUCCUUCACGGUCGAUGCGUGUCUGUGAAACAUGUUCGUGUUUUACCCUGUGAAGUCUGUCCAGCACAGCCGUAUGAACUCGUGCACUCAUGCGAUCCAAAGACGGAAACUCGUAUGAUAAUUCGCGUGAUUCCCCUCUUCAACUCAAGCAAUUCCAAAAAGUGCCAGUUGAAAUUUACAAAACAGGCUCUAAGUUGCAAGGGCUGCAUGUUCGAAGGGGCUCACAGCAUCGAGCGCAAUAGCGUCUCACCCUGCAAGAGACUACCCAACGGAACGCAUCGUCUGGUUCUCCGUACAGAAUACGUCGUCAGUGAGGAUGGAUGCUGCAAAAUCAGAAAAUCCCUUCGAAGCUUUCCCUGCGUCGGAUGUCCAAAGCCAAGAGUAAGCCUUUCAAAGUGCCUUGGCGGCUGGCAACUCAAGAUCACCACAUUCUUCACUCGACCAACAACGGGCAAAUUUAGCGAUGAGAAUAAGGGAAUUCCUGCUUCUGCCUGCUUUAGACACGCGGAUGCACCAACCUACUGGGUUCGAAGGAAUGCGAAGCGUUCAAAGACGGUGACCUCUGCUUAA